GCUUCAUAUUUGAAUUUUCAAGCACGCAUUACCAUUACAGAUGGUCGUAUAUUCAUUGGCACGUUUAUGUGCGUUGAUAAACAAAAGAAUGUUAUCUUGGCCAAUACAAAAGAAUACAGAGGAGCUGAGGAAAGAUUGGUUGGUUUAGUCAUGAUUCCUGGAAAGCAUCUAGUCAAAAUGGAAACUGAA